AUGGCUCCCCACGCAGUACCACCGGGCCGGAGGGCCCUCAAGAGACGUGCUCGCCCUGCUAAUAUUGCCGUGUCGCCUUCGCUUUGGGAACGAGACGCCGAGUCUGACGACGAGUAUGCCAACCAAGUAAGGAACGCUGCCGGAGGCGUGUGGAAAAGGACUGCCAAGUCGGGCAUCAGGCCCUCGGAUGACACACUGGAGCGCCGGUCGGACAGCGACAGCGGCGACCGGGGACGGGGAAGCCAAUACAGCGAACCUUCGAGCCCUGAUACCCCCAAGACAAGGCCUUCCUAUAACCUCCCGGCCAUAGGAAGACUUCCCGUGGCAUCGCUUCGACCGGCCCUUCCCGCAGUCUCAAACCUGCCUUCGACAACGCUCCCGGCAUUUGAACCCGCUAUUACUUCUCAAGCCCCCGUCCUCGAACCUCCUAUGUUCUUCCAGCCUGUAGUACCGCAGCCGCGACCUACAUCGCAUAUGAUGACACCGUACCGUCCCCUCCAGCCCGUGGAUCCUCAGCCAGCACCAGUGCUCGCUCCGGCCGAUCCUGAAUCAACACCACGCGAAUCCGAAGUCCCUAUACCACCAGCGACGAUGACAGUGACGUCCCCUCCUCGAACAAUUACAGUCAUCUCCACGAUGAAGCCUGCUUCUUCCUUCGACCUCAUCAUGGUCACCCUCUCCGCCGGUGAUCACCCCAUCAUCGACGCUGCCUACGUCAGCAGCUUCGUCGACAGGCCCGGCUACUUUACCACCUUUGCCGUCUUAACGGCUACCUUGGCUUCGGCGGCACUACCUGCCGAAACCCUUUCUGCUCUCCCCGGGCCGGCGAGCGCUGUCAGUGAUCGGGGUGGGGACGAUGGGAGGCCAUCGCGAAUGAACCCAGAGACGGAGCACGCCCUUAUUGCUGUGGGCUCAAUAGGAUCUUUCAUCUUCGCCUCAUUCCUGGUGUGGAUUGUCUGGAGGACAAUGAAGAAGGCUUCGAGGAGGAGAAGGGAAAGGGAGCUUGGCUACCCGAACGAUCGCCCUGGUAUUGGCUCCAAGAUCCCCUUCUUCAAGGGAUCCAUGGGCGGAUGGCAGAACAUAGACGGUCGCCAAAGCGACCCGACCCAGUACGAAAAGGGGCCGAGAGGCACGUUGCGGCUGGAUACCGGUUUCUACGGCCCCAAUGGGAAGCCGGCCAACUAUGGCCCUGGCGGCACUUAUGUUCCCAACUACAUGUCGCCAGUCGACAGUCGUGGCAGCCCUAUCCACGGCAGCCCGACAGGCGCAUUACCGGUGCGAAUGAACCCCAUGAACGGCGGUACAUACAACGGUCAGCAAGGCGUUUUCAACAGUCAAACAGGCACCUACACGAGCCAGGUAGGGACGUUUAGCAGCCAGACUGGCACCUAUGUCAGUCAUGCACCCAGCGGCUCACUCACUCAUAUCAUUGGACAAUACGGAAACGGAACGGAGCCUGGCAUGACAUUACGGUCAGGCGUGGGAGCCGGUGCAUACUUCAACCAGUCAGAGUUGGCUCGCCAACCAUCGGACGCUUACGAUCCAGCCAGGCGGCAAGUCAACAGGGCGAGCGAACUCUCUUCCAUUUCAUCUGGCUUCGGCGACGGUGACAUCAUCGUGCCAGGCAUGCCUGGAAUGGUGCUGCAGCCCCCUCCGCCUGUUUCACAGUCACUGAGAGCUAGCCGAAUGGACAAUGAUCGGGUCUCCUGGGCCAACAAGUCCAACCGCGAGACGGUCUACACAGAGGCCAGCGAGGACCUGCCACCUAGAUUCAGGACCGUCGACAGCUGGGUCAACCAGCAAAGCGGUCGCGUCAAGAGGGCACAAGCACGGCCACAGACGGACGAAGACAUCCCACCUGUGCCUGGUCUUCCGGCAGGGACGGGCCAGAACGGGAUGCCGCCUGAACCCCAAUUCACCAUGAUGAUGCCGGACGGGGAAGUACCUCGCCGGCCAGACAACGCGUCGUAA